ACACGCUCGGAGUGCACCGAGAGUUCAAGAGCGCUCGAUUCGAGGGGAGUGGACGCAUUUCGCGGAAAAUUGCUCGCCGUAUCAGGCGGCAUCGCUUGCGCAGAUUUGGAGUCGAGAGGAAGGAGCGUCGACUGCGGCUGCUGCCGUUUUUUUUUUUUUUUUUUUCGCGGGUAGGGGAGCGAGCAAAGAGCCGAGGGGCGUUCAGGUGUGACACGGACGGGCGCGAAAGAGGCAAUCUCCAGCGCAGGGCAGCACAGAGGGGAAACCAGACCCGUCCACGCGCCAUGACGGAAGAAAGCUCCAGCCAACCAAGUCCAAAUGAAGACGGGUCUCGCCGCUGCAUGUCUGGCAGCAAUUACGGCAGCAAAGACAGCGGGAUUAGAGCGCUAUCCCGUUUGGGAGUCCCAUUAGUGGGAUUGAUGUUCUUGGCCGUCAUCCCGUUUGGAGCGAGCAUCAAACAAAGUGUCCCUCGCGUCAAACUGAGCCAGAGAGAGCUGCUGCAAGCAGGCAGCGUUUCGUUGUUUUUGGGUCCCUCCGAUGGCCUCCUAUCCCACUCCCUGCUGCUGGAUGAGGAGCGGGGUCAUCUUCUGCUGGGAGCCAGGGAUCACAUCUACCUGCUUGACCCAGACAACCUGGCCAAAGGUCCCAGAAAGAUUCACUGGCCUGCACCUCGAGACCGGGUAGAAGUAUGCAAACUGGCAGGCAAAAAUUCAAACGAGUGCGCCAACUUUGUGAGGGUGAUCCACAACUACAACCUGACCCACGUCUACGCGUGUGGGACAGGAGCCUUCAACCCCAUCUGUGCCUUCGUGGAAAUCACUGGCUCCAGACAGGAUGGCGUGUUCAAGCUGCUGUCUGGUACCGUGGAGUCCGGCAGAUUAAAAUGUCCUUUUGAUCCAUCGCAGACGUUCACGUCGGUCCUCACAGACCAGUUUCUGUAUGCCGGCACCGCUUCGGACUUUUUGGGCAAAGACGCGACGUUCACACGCUCCCUCGGCCCGCCACCUGACCAGCACUACAUCCGCACUGACAUCUCCGAGUACUACUGGAUCAAUGAGGCCAAGUUCAUAUCGGCACAGCCCAUCGCCGACACGUACAAUCCGGACGACGACAAAAUCUACUUUUUCUUCCGGGAGGUGUCGUGGGAAGGCAACGACAAGAGCAUCGUUUCCCGCGUGGCUCGCGUUUGCAAGAAUGAUGUGGGUGGCCUGAGGAGUCUGACCAACAAAUGGACCACCUUCCUCAAAGCCAGACUGGUGUGCUCCAUUCCUGGACCCGACGGCGUGGACACACACUUUGAUGAGCUACAGGACAUUUUUAUGCUUCCUACAAGAGAUCCGAAGAACCCAAGAGUGUACGGCGUCUUCACCACGUCCAGCUCCAUUUUUCGGGGCUCGGCCGUGUGCGUGUACAGCAUGGCGGAAAUCAGGGCCGCCUUCAACGGGCCCUACGCCCACAAGGAGGGGCCGGACCACCGCUGGGUGGAGUACGAGGGGAGGAUACCGUACCCGCGUCCCGGAACGUGUCCCAGUCAAACGUACGACCCCCGCAUCAAAACCACCAAAGACUUCCCCGACGAGGUGGUCAGCUUCAUCCGCGACCACCCGCUGAUGUUCCGCUACGUGUACCCGCUGAGCGGCCGGCCGGCGUUCACGCGGGUGCGAGUGGACUACACCCUCACUCAGGUGGUGGUGGACAGAGUUCUAGCCGAGGACGGACAGUACGAGGUUCUCUUCCUCGGCACGGAGGCCGGCACCGUUUUGAAGGUGGUGAGCAUCGCCAGGGACGAGUGGUCCGCGGAGGAAGUGGUGCUCGAGGAGCUUCAAGUGUUCCAGGUUCCCGCUCCUAUUCUCAGCCUGGAGAUUUCUUCCAAGCAGCAACAGCUCUACGUGGGCUCCAGCGAGGGUCUGGCCCAGCUCUCGCUCAGCCGAUGUCACCUGUACGGCCAGGCCUGCGCCGAGUGCUGCCUGGCCCGAGACCCCCACUGCGCCUGGGACGGACACACGUGCUCCAGAUACGUCCCCGCGGCCAAGAGGAGAGCCAGGAGACAGGACAUCAAGCACGGAGACCCCGCCAGCCAGUGUUGGGACACAGAAGAUAGCUUCGGCGUCGGACGAGUGGAGGAGCGAGUUCUCUUCGGCGUGCAGACCAAUUCGACGUUCCUUGAGUGCGUCCCCAAAUCUCAGCAGGCCCACAUCCGCUGGUUCGUUCGCAGGACCGGAUCGGAACACAGGGAGCAGGUCAGGCCGGACGACCGCGUGAUACAAACGGACCGAGGCCUCCUGAUUCGUUCGCUGCACGUGUCCGACGUCGGCGUGUACGAGUGCGAGGCCCAGGAGCACACCCGCUUCGCCCACACGCUCCGCCGGCUUACGCUGCAACUUGUCCCGCACGGCCAGCUGGACCGAAAGCCUAAACCUGCCGAGGACCUGACGCCGGAGCUACGUCACAGCCACCGUUACAAAGACUACCUGAGGCUCAUGAGCUCCCCCGUGGGCUCCCUGGAGGAGUACUGCGAUUCGCUCUGGCUCGAGAAGAGGCCGUCGAAGGCCCGCGGCCGAGCCUUGGGCGUCGGCAAAUGGAAACACAUGCAGGAAUUGAAGAAGAGUAGGAACAGAAGGCACCACGCACAGAAGGAAAAAGCGUCUGACAAGCUGUAGUGGACGGUGAAAGACGAAGAGGGAUGUAAAAACCGAUCCGUAGCCCCCCCAAAAAUGCAAAGGUUCACAGUUGACAGGAUAACUUGCAGGCAUUUUUUUUUUUUGUACUCGAUUUUUCAGGCUCUGGUGUAAAAUGCUCCAAAAAUACAAAACCUAACAGCCCAUGCAGGAAGCUUAAUGAACAAUUCAUUCAUCACAUAAUUGGAAUUUUUACAUUCGUUUGAACAUUUCAGUAGCAAGGCAACAUUUUCUGGCAUGCUGUGGAUGGGAUUAAGAAGAUCUGAUGGACAAACUUGAGCGCCGGACGUGAGGGUGUCAAAUUUACCGUGGAAUUGUUCCGCCGGCAACCGCAUUUCAAAGUAAUUUGGAGCAGCUAUCCGUUCAGCUGCCUUAGAAAACAGCAAAAAAGGUAUGAAAAUUUGCCCCAUGCUUUGAACAUGGCAAAAAAUAGCGCCAUCCGGUGGACAAACUUGAAAGCCAAUAGCCGGAUGCUGCUUUAAUGAUGAAGACUUUUACGUUAUCGAGUAUUCAUACUGUCUCGAAAAAAAAAAAAAAAAUGACCAAAGAGGUGCACGGAUGGCAUAUGAGGAGGAGAGAAGGGAGGAAGUGCAAAGUGCCAAGUCAGAGGACAUGAUUCAGUCAUGUGACUCAGCGGCGGGCAAAAGAAACUUCUUGCCUUCCCGCUAGCGGGCCGAGAAAAUCUUUCGAUUUAGUCACUUCACAAGUGGGUGAAUUAAAAAGAUGGACUGCAAAUUUAAAAAAAGCAUGCAUGUACGUGCUCGCUUUCCAAACGAAGAGAACAGAAGGCGCUGUUACGGUCGAUUUAUUAAUUUUGGAAAACAUUCACAAAGAAACGCGCGCGUUGCCAAAGUCAUUCCGAACGCUGGUGAUGCUAACGGAAAAGCUAGCAAGCGUAGCCUGACUGCUGCCGCUCCUCUUUUCAGGUAUAUGCUGCAUUUCACGAUCGCGCCAAUUUCAGCCGCUAAACUUGUCACCGGGAAUAAAAAACAAAAGAUCCCGCAGUCGUGACACGUCACACGUCGUUUCAAAAUUACGUGCGCUCGUGUGAUCUUUUUUUUUUUCCAUUUCAGGCUUCAUUAGAAAAUACCCGGUCGCGCGGAAAGGUUUGAGACUUUAUGACCCUCGUAAAUGUAAUUUCCCUCAGGGGGUGAAUAAAAUAUACAUCUAUCCGUCCGUCCACGACUUCUGCUGAAGAAAAAAAAUGAGGAAACCUACAAAACAAAAAAGGAAACCCUCGUGGACUCAUUUGGUACAAACGCGCCGUAUGGCAAAAACAAGUAAAUGUCAGUAAGACAAAGAACGUCGUCAGCUACAUUUCUGUCUGCAUUUUUCUAUCGUUACGUGUAUGAUUGUGUGCUGUGUGCAAACUUGCAAACAUAUUUUAUUUCAAAUAUUUAUUUAGGGUUACAUUUGGGUCUUUUCAUUUUUGGACGUGUAUCCUUUUUUUUUUUUUAUUUUAAACAAAACUUAACUAAAACACUAUUUUGAUUUGAGUUAUCUUCUUGUAUACAAUCUGUACAUAAUGUUAUUAAAUCAUAUUGUCAUAUUGCCAUUCAAUAUUCCCAUGAUAAAUAUCCUGGGAACCAAGUUGAGAGUUAAACAGUUUUUUAGAGGAUUUUAUUGUAACAUUAUCGUUAACUAAAUUGUUAAAUUUGCCACAGUGCAGUACAGUGGUAACGAACGUCUUUAUAACAAAAAAAUUAGGUUAUGGAACGCCUCCUUGGUAAAAUAUUGCCUCUAGUUAUGAAGGAAAAUUCAGGAUACAAAAGGAAAAAAAAUGGGAGAUGUAUGCACAUCCCCCAAAUUCCACCAAACGUAAACAUCUUGGUUUGUGUGGUGCCAAAGAGUUUGGAACAGAUUAGGCCAUUAACAUGUAAAAAGCGCUUGUACUUACGAAAAAUUCUCAUUACAAAAUGACUUCCGGAACAAAAUAUUUCGUAAGUAGAGGCAAUACUGUAUACCACCCGCUCUUAGUUAUAACACAAAUACAUACAUUAGUUAAAAAGAGUUACAAUUAACCGAUGGUAAUGCAGUUGUGAAGUCUCCACAAACUAGUUCACUGCUAGUUAGCAACCUUAAAAUAUCCUGUCAGUUCAACGGGGGACCAAUGAGCCCCUUGAUUCAUUUUAGAUGUCAGAAAAUUCUGUGUACUCCACAACUUUAAAAAAAAAAAAAAAAAAAAUCUGUUUUUCCUUUUUUACCAACUAUUUUAACAGACACGAUAUGCUGUCAAACAAUUAGAAUAGCUAAUGCAAACAAGGACUGAACUAAGAGCGCCUCUGCUGGUUGUAGCCAAGUAGUGCACUUAAUUUUGCCUCGGGCGACACAAAUUCGACGUAACGGACGACGAUUUGUUCAUCGAUUAUUUUGCCCAUCCCUUCUUGGGUCACUGAGAGAUUGUAAGCUAUUGUUAAGUUAGUGAUGGUGGCAAUAACAUUUUUUUUCUGGAGGAUGACAAUGCAUUCAUGUUGAAUGACUGUAAAUAUUUGUAGAACUUGUACAGGCUAUACUAGGUGCAUCUCAAUACAGUUAACCCCCUCUCUGCUGCGGUUAGCAAAAUUCCAAGAGUAAUUGAGAGCCAGAAAAAUGAGAUUGUGUCUUUUUUUUUUCCUUUGGGCUUGUCCCGUUAGGGGUCGCCACAGCGUGUUGUCUUUGUCCAUCUCGUGCAUCUUCCUCUCAAACACCAACAAACCCUCAUGUCUUCCCUCACAAGAUCCACCAACCUUCUCUUUGGUCUUCCUCUUGUUCUCUCUUCCUUGGUAGCUCCAUCCUCAGCACCCUUCUACCAAUUUGCUCACUCUCUCGCCUCUGGACAUGUCCAAACCAUCCACGUCUGCUCUUUCGAACCUUGUCUCCAAAGCAUCCAAAUUUGUCUGUCCCUCUAAUAAUUAGUUCAUUUCUAAUCUUAUCCAUCCUGCUCACUCCGAGCAAGAACCUGAACAUCUUCAUUUCUGCCACCUCCAGUUCUGCUCUGUAAGUAAGUGUCUUUCGGCUUGUCCCGUUUGGGGUCGCCACGGCGUGACAUCUCAGAUGAACGCUCGUAUUUGUUUGGCACAGUUUUUACGCCGGAUGCCCUUCCUGGAGUGGGAUACGAACUCAGGACCCCUGGUUUACCAAAGCAAUGCUCAAACAACUGAGCUAUGGGGCUCCAGUUCUGCUCUGUAUGUAAAUGAAUAAAGAGGCCCCCACGAAAAAAAAAAGUAUCAGAAGGCCCACAUUUUUUUAUUAAACAAAACUGCGGCCUAAGGGAAUGGACGCUCCUGCCCUCAGUUCAAUGUAGGAGGUUGGCCCAAAGUUGCAGCCAGAUUGCGCCAAAGCAAUAUUGUUACAUGAGACACGGAUUUGGCCGGAACACAAAAUGGUAAAUAGACGAGUUUUUCCAAGAAAUAAUGCUAGGGGUGGGGGGUAACUAAAAAUUCCAAUAUCAUAGAAAAGUUCACUUAUUUCAGAAGUUGAAUUCAAAACAUGAAACUCAUUUUCAAUGAUACUUAACAUUUUUCAGAAGGCCAACUAUUUCCCGAUUACUAUAGUAAAAUAAUUUUGAUAACUUGAGAAGUAAGCUGUAAUCAUCAAAAUUGAAUUAUAAAAAAAAAGUGAAAAAUCUCACUGUUUGUAGUAAAUCAUAAACAAUUUGGACUUUUAAAAAAAAAAAAUUGAACUACUGAAAUGAAAAAUUCUCUACAAUAUUCAGAUUUCUUGAGAUGCACCAGGACAACAUGUCCAGUAAUUAGUAUUUUUUAUGAUAAACACAAAGGCUGUGAUGUCAAGGGCAGCCAAUAUUAUAUUUUUGUACUGUGAGAUUUUUUGUUGUUGUUGUUGUUGAAACUAUUUAAAUAAAUGUUUCG